CUCAGCACACUUUGACCUGAUCGUAGGGUGAAACUUGUCUUUCGACGCGGUUUUCUUUCUCUUAUCGUUUUGGUGGAAAUUCAGUGUUGAAAAUACUGGUGAAAAAGGAUUGAAUGUGUCUGACCUUCCACAUAUCAUGCAAUGAGACGACAACCAGUGGACCAACAACGCGGGACGUAACACUGUACGUAUCAAUCCUGAACAUGAGCAGCCAGAACGUUAUCCGACGUACAAACCGCUGAAUUGUCAACUUAUCAUCAAUCCAGUAGCCUUACACAAUGCAAUCAGCCGUCGCUAGAACGCUCAUCUUCUCCUGUCUAGCUUGCGUCUCGUUCGGUUUCCUUCUAGACGGAAGCACAAACUCUUACUCCCAGUUCCGAAAAUGGGGUGGCGGUACCAACGGUAGCAUCGAGUUCGAGUUCAAAACCGACCAGCCUAACGGACUCCUUCUUUACACGGACGACGGCGGUACUUAUGAUUUCUUCGAGAUAAAGCUGGUGGAAGGUGCGUUGAGGCUAAGGUACAAUCUAGGCGGCGGUGCGCAGAUAAUAACUGUUGGCAGGGAUCUGAAUGACGGGCACUGGCACAAGGUGAGGGUACAGCGUCACGAGGACAGGACGUACCUCACGGUGGACGGGAUAACGCAGAUGAAGACGUCGAGGGGCAAGGAAUUCAAUUUCGGGCGGUAUUCGACCAAUUCGGACGUGUAUGUGGGUGGGAUGCCGACGUGGUAUAACACCAAAUUGACUUUGUUGGCGUUGCCGAGUGUCAUUUUCGAGCCGAGGUUCGUGGGAGCUGUGCGGAACCUGAUCUAUGCAGAUGUUGAUGGGGGAAUGGCAAGGAGGCAGGAGACCAGGCCGAAGGACCAAAGGGUUUUGCGCGGUAACAGCAGCGAUGCCUGCGAGACACGUGACCCCUGUCAACAUGGCGGCAUCUGCAUCUCCACAGACUCGGGACCGAUCUGCGAAUGCCGCAAUCCGGACUACGAGGGGGAAUUUUGCGAGAAAGACAAAGCUCCAUCGGAGGCUGUUUUUCGAGGAACUGAAUUCCUAUCGUAUGAUCUCACCCAAACAGGAGGAGAACCAAUAGUCAGUGCUCAAGACUCUGUUACGUUCUACUUCAAGACAAGACAACCGAAUGGGCUGCUAUUCUUCACUGGUGAUGCAACGGAUUACCUAAAUGUAGCAAUCAAAGAUGGCUGUCUCAGUUUGACCAUGGGUUUGGCCAAUGGCAAGCAAGAUAUGCAGAUAAAACCCAAUAAAGUUAGGUUUGAUGACAAUCAGUGGCAUAAAGUUAGCGUGCAUAGAAGGAUACAGGAGAUCUCGGCAAUUACAAGCUUUUGCAGGCUUUCAGCUGUGGUAGAUGGUGUGUACGCCGAUCAUUCCCACAUAGCCGGAAAGUUCACAAUGUUACUUUCCAGCAAAUUACAUGUGGGUGGUAGCAUCAAUACCAGAGCUCUGCCUGGAUCCCGAGUCCACAACAACUUUGUUGGAUGCAUGAGGAAGGUUGAAUUUGUGGCUGACACUUUGCGGUUGAAUCUCUUGGAGUUGGGAAGAUCAGGAAGUCAUCUCAUCUCCGUUAUGGGUAGGCUAGACUACAAAUGUCCUGCAGGUGAGACCCACGAUCCAAUCACGUUCACUACCAGGGAGUCGCAUCUUAUCUUGCCACCGUGGAACGCCAAGAAGACGGGAAAUAUUUCCUUCAAGUUCCGCACCAACGAGGCUAAUGGUCUAAUCUUGUUUAAUGGUGGAGUGAGACCGCCAAGGGUGGAUUUGUUCUCAAUAGAAAUCUACAAUGGACACAUCUACAUCCAUCUAGAUUUGGGUUCGGGGGCAGUCAAACAGAGGGGAUCUCGAAGAAGAAUCGAUGAUGGUUCAUGGCAUGAGGUAUCCUUUAGGAGAAAUGGAAGAGAUGCAAGAAUCACCGUCGAUGGAUUCCACACUGACUUCAAAACUCCAGAAGGGUCAACCAGUCUGGAAUUGGACGGCAACAUGUACGUGGGUGGCCUGGGUCCCCCCUUCUCGGAGAUCCCGUUUUCGGUCGGCCUGUGGACGGCGGUGCUGCAGCAGGGUUUCGUCGGGUGCUUCAAGGACCUCACGAUGAACAAUGAAGCGGUGGAUGUGGCCAGUUAUGCGAGAGAACAGGAUUCAGCAUCGAUACGAACCCUCUGCCACACGCAACCACCACAAUGUGUUUCGCAACCAUGUCUCAAUGGUGGUGUCUGCAAUGAGGGAUGGAACAGAUUUAUCUGCGACUGCACAAAUACGAUUUUCACUGGACCUACCUGUGGAAAAGAAGCAGCUACCCUUAGUUUCAAUGGAUCGCAACAUAUGGAGGUGAACAUGGAUGCUGAGCAAGUUACGCAGACAGAAGAUAUUGUUCUCAGAUUCAGAACAAGUAAGCCCCUGGGAUUGCUGCUGAUCACGAGCACAGUAGAAACAGGGGACCGCAUCGAGCUGGCUGUGGCGGCAGGAAGGAUACGGAUGGCCCUACGGCUCGGAGUCAAGGAUAAGAAGGACGAGGACAAGGAGAAGGAUAAGAUCCUGCUGGCCGGACAGAACGUGAACGAUAACGAAUGGCAUACGAUGCGGUUCUCGAGACGAGGGGCCAAUCUGAAGCUGCAACUCGAUAACCACUUGCCAAUUAGAGCUGAAACUCAAGGAAAGCACAAUACACUACAAUGGCGCACAAUACAUAUCGGUGGCCUUUACCACCUCGAAGAAGAAAUCAGUAUGACCACAACAGUUCCUAAUUUCAUCGGAGAAAUUCAACAGUUUUAUUUCAACAACAUUCCGUACAUCGAGCUGGCGAGAGCAUCCAGAGGGGAACAAUCCAUAUCUGGUUUUCCAGGCAUCAGAGUAGCGGCGAGAUUCGUGAAACACGCCACUGACAACCUUCAUAGGCCUGUCACCUUCAGGUCGAAGCACACAUUUAUCGGACUACCUAUGCUCAGAGCCUACUCUAGCAUACACAUAGACUUCAUGUUCAGAACGAGAGAAGCUAACGGACUUAUCAUGUUCAACGGUGGUAGAAAAGAAGACUUCGUUGCUGUAGAAUUGGUAGAUGGUCACAUAAAUUAUGUGGUGAACGUUGGUGAUGGAACAGUAACACUUAGGGAUACUUCUAGAUCACACCUAAAUGACAAUCGAUGGCACACGGUAGGCAUAAGACGACCUUCAGCGAAGCAACACACCCUAAUGGUCGACGACGAUAUUGUGGUAACAUCGAAUCCUGGCACUGGUAAUUUGGAGCUUGACGGUAUUUUGUACCUUGGUGGUGUUCACAAGGAUUUGUACAGUCAGCUACCUCAAACAGAAGUAAAAUCAAGACACGGCUUCGAGGGAUGUAUAGCGGGCCUUGAUCUCAAUGGGGAAUCGCCAAAUAUAAUGGAAGAUGCAGUGGUCCACAGUUCUUUGGUUACAGCAGGUUGUGAAGGACAAUCAGCCAAAUGUAACCACAACGUGUGCGGAAAUGGUGGUCUUUGCGUACAACAGUGGCAUUCCUAUACUUGUGAAUGUGAUCUGACCACAUUUACAGGUCCCACUUGUUCGGACGAAUCUGUUUCCUACGAAUUUGGACCGAACAGAGGAAUCAUAACGUAUACUUUUCCUGAAGACAAUCGCCCAGAAAUGCAAGAAGACUCGAUCGCUGUAGGAUUCAUGACGACUAAAUCUGAUGCAGUACUUCUUAGAGUGGUUAGCGGAACGUCUAGCGAUUAUAUCGAAAUAGAGAUUGUGGAAGGAAACGUAUUCGUGGUGUACAACCUAGGAACAAACGAUCAUCCGUUGGGUGAAAUUUCUGUGAAAGUCAACGAUAACAACUACCACAUCGUCAGAUUCCACAGAUUCGGUCACAACUCCACGCUGCAAAUAGAUGAUUACAAUGUUCAAACAAGUCAUCCUCUUGGUCAUCAGUUGCAAGUUUUCAAUAGCCAGUCCCAAAUUCAGAUCGGUGGAAAAUGGAGUAAGGGUAAAUCCCGAAUAGAAAGGCCAUUUAAUGGCAUUGUUUCCGGUGUGGUUGUCAAUGGUUUGAGGGUUUUGGAUUUGGCUGCAGAAAAAGACGGUCACGUUUCAAUCAGAGGCGAUGUGCAGCUCAUCACUGGCAUUCAUGACCGACAAGAUCAUCUCCAAAAAAUGCAGCAGACUCCAGCUUCCGAUUUCCCCGGACUCGAAGAUGAUUUGGUCUUCAGUGGAGCUGGGUCCGGGUGUAACGGCGAUGAUGAAGAUGAGUGUCCUCCACUUCCUGAAUCUGGAUCAGGAGACGAUGAUCUCAUAACUCCAGUCUACAUUCCUCCAACCAGACCUCCGCCAACCACGAAGACGAAGGCACCACCUCCGUCUUGCGAUGACGAAGAUUGCUUCACCGGGUCCGGUGGUGGUGAGGUUACGGAGGAGACUACGAAUGCUACAUCUGUUACGCCAGAAAUAACAACUGCACCAACAACAACUACGGAAGCAGCAACUCCAAAACCGGAAGAACUUACCACAAACGCGGGACCAGUGACUAACAUCCAAUCCUCUACGAUCAGCACCGAGAAAAAAGAGGAAUUCGUACCAGUAUCGACCUCUCAAGUUACCAGAGAAACCACAACAGUAGCAGUGGUCGAAAUAGAAACAACUCAAGUUAUACUUACCACACCAGGAAGAUAUAUAGAGCCGCCGAAUUUCUACCAACCUCCCUAUGUGGAGCACAUACCCAACAACAACAACUACUACCCAAGACAAACCAACAAGAGGCAAGAAAGGGUCACAUCUGAAACCUCCGAAAUAGUAGCUCUGAUCAUUGGCAUCAUCGCUGGAGCCCUGAUAGCAGUUAUAUUGAUCAUUCUUGUUAUUCUUAAAUUCAAAUCGCGUAGUGAUAGGUCAUUCAAAAUAGACGAUGGUAAAGGGUAUCAACAGGGCCCUAACGCUGCAUUACUAGGCAGUCAGAGCUCCACCAAUGGCAACCAAAGCCAGUAUCAUCUGAACGGAGCCUUGAAGAACGGAGAUAAACAGGCUCAGUUUGCGCAAAAACCUAAGAAGAGAGAUAGCAAAGAUAUCAAAGAGUGGUACGUUUAAGUGUGUGGACGGUUUAAAGAAAUAGAGACUCCGAGCCAAAAGUGUGGACUGAUGAAAAGAUAAAUAAGAUUGUAUAGGAUGAAUGGAAUGAGCGACGUCUGUAAAUGAUGGAGAGUACCACUCUGAAAAUACGAUAUAACUCUCCCUAUUUCAAUUUUUUCAUUCUUGGUCAUCGGUUUUUCAUCGAUUUACGUUACGAUAAGCCUGAAUUGCAGACGUUGCUCGAAUGUGAUUUAAAGAUAUGAAACUCUUCAAAUUGUUGCAAAUCAUGCUCAUUGCAAACUAACUAUUUCACAUGUUCGAGGAAAGUACGGAGAAGUACUAGAUUAUUCUAAGAGAUCCAAAAGUAAUUUGUUAUUUUGUUUUGCAUGAAUAUAAAAUUUCGGAUCAGAUGGUUGAAAAUCACUUAUGAUAAAAAAAACCUCUUCUUUGAAUAUUUCUUCUCAAACAUUCAAAGUUUCCAGGGAGAAAAUGAAUGUCAUUCAAAUAUUCUGCUUAAAGAAAAUUGUUAGCUAUUACUACGAUCUAGAAUGCAAAAUAUCAGUGAAGAAUAUUCAACAGCAAAAUAAUAUUUUUUAAACAAUUCUUACCAUCAAACCAAUAGACUUUCCAUGGAAUGGAAUGAAUAAAUGCUUACUGGAUAAAUAAAUCGAGUGGAUCACUUAUUGAUAUAACCUAGUGAUUUAUAGGUGUUGCAUUACAAACUUCUUCUAAAUUUUCCUCAAAUAUGUACUCAUCAAAAAAAUCUAUUACUGGAUUUUCAUGAUCGAAUCAAUCCUCACCAUCAACAACUGUUCACUGUUACAUGUUUGAAUUUUUUAUUGACAUCAUAUUCAAUUGUUAGUUCUCGUAUAGACCCGACACUAGGUAUUUAAUGUUAUCUUGAAAACUAGUGCUUUAAUGUUUAACAGGCACGGAUCUUCUAAAUUUUUCAGUUUGAUGUUAUUACUCACUGAAUAUUGUACAAUAUUGCUGUGUAGACUAUAAUAAUUUUUUUCAUAAAUAAUUUCCACUUGUAUAUAUUUCUGAUAUUACUGAUGAGCAGUUUUAUGUUCGUUAUUAUUGUAAGUCAAAACCUGAACUUACUUUCAGAGAGGCUCGUAGUUUCUACAAUACAACUCAUCGAUCAAUAAAGAACAAGAAACUACGGUUAUGCGAUGAAAUAUGAUGUGAUAGAGGAAAACGAAAUCAAAACAUGAAUAUUUCAGUGCAGCAGAUAGAGGUGCAUUCCCUUCAUAGUGUAUUCUAGAAAGAUAUUUCUGACUGAUACACAGGACUGUUUAAAAAUUACUUGUUUUUUGUCCACUUCGCCAUUCACUAUCUAGGAUAGGUGAGAAGAUUGGAUAUACCUAUCUGCACUAUAUCAGAUCAAACGCAUGUUGGUUCUAAGACUAGAAAGCGAGCUCUACUGACAGUGAUUUUCACCUGCCUCGUUUACACAAGUAUCACAACUAUUAUUAUUUUAAGCUAGUUCGAAUGACUGAUAUGAUAUCGAGUAGGAAGAGAUUGUACUGAUUGAAGUAUUGUCGGAGAAUUCACAAUUUGUCAAUUAGAAUUAUACUAACAAGGGGAUAGAUGAGCGACAAAAACAGAAUUGAAGAAUGGGUGACUUAGAGUUUUUUAGGCACCAAUCUAAUAAUACAGCCUAAUUUUGGGAUUUCUGCACAAUCGUAUCCAUCAAUCAAAAACCUUUUUCUGUUUCACUUAUCAGAUAUUCGAUUGUAGUAAGUUCUCAAUUACCCACCCUCAAAACCAAUAAAUAGAAAACAUUCAAUUAUACAAAAUGUCACACCUAAAACUCCAUCGAUCGAUAUUUCGAAAACCCAAUAUCGUGAAUUCCUAAAUUUUGCAUGGCAUCAACUAUCAGAAAACCAUAGUCCUCUGAAACGUCUAUAGGGAAGUACCCUUUCCGGUUAUUAAAAUAUUCAUAUUUUCAUAUUUAAUAUAAUGCAACCAGUACCUAAAGCCUAACCUUCAGUUAGAAGUUCGAUAAUUUCUCAAUUUUCUCUACAAAAUAAGGUACCCAAUUUUAAGCUAGUUCGAAAACAUUAAAAGUCAGGUACAAUGGAUUCCUAUCAAUUAUAGGCCAACAAAAUUGGAAAAAUGUUUAUGAAGUUUUUCAAAAUAAUCUAUAUGUACCAUGUCUUCGAAUUUGGUCAGAUGUAAAAAAUAAAACAAGAUAUUUCAUUUGCAAGAAAGUGAAUAAACGCAGCUUCAUAUUUCAAAGGGCUUAGCACUGGAGAUAGUUGUCCUUGAGAAUUUUCAAAACUGAAUUGGUCUAUCCUUCAAAUUUGAACUGAGAGUACUUUUUUCAUUGGUGAAAACUACCUUUUUCAUUCUGUGAAUUGUCGCUUGUGACAGAACUAUGAAAGUGUCUCGAGUUCCAAAAGAAAUAUCAAAUAUUGAACCAUAUCAUAUUUAUCUCUGAAGAAAAUCUUAGCUUCAAAAAUUUUAGCAAUAGGAGAGUCACAAUAGGGAUCUUAGAAGUGCUAUGUGAGUAGAAAAGCUAUUGAUUAUUGAUCAGCGAAUGGUUUUUAGAAUAGAUAAUUCAUAAAAGACACAGAAAUAAAGACGAGAACAAUUUGCUCAAAAUAAGCAACAGCGAAAAUAAAUACGGUAGAGCUUGAAUAACGAGAAACGCUUAGGAAUUCAACUGGAACAAUUACAAGAUUUGAAAGAUUUUCAUUACGUCAUUGAUAGAUUAGUUUUUAUGUUUGGAGAUCGUAAGGUAAUGGAACAAUACUUAUCAUUUUUAGUAGUUGAUGUUUCACUAAGAUCUGUGAUAUUAUAUGAAUUAUAAGGCAAUUUUUGAGAUUGUUCCCAACUGUAUACCUAAAGUUCAUGAAUAACUUGAUAUUGUUUUAGUUUGAGUCCGUGCCUGGCCUUUUUGAGUUAAUUGUCAGAAUAUUCCUUGAGGACGUGAAAAAUAUAAGAAGGAUUACUUCCUAGUACGAUCGGCUUCUUCUUCAGGGUUCAUGCAUAAAAAAUGAACUUGUUUGUAUAGAUAAACGAUGUUACAUACCGAAAAAAUGUUUUCUUUUACACUUUGGUGCUUCGAAAAUGUUGGUAUAUGAAAGUGUUUCUAUAAAAAAUAAAACCAGUAUUUCAUGAUUAUAAAUAAUGGUAAAGUAUAUUAUAUUGAAUUCCAUUUCGAAUAUGAGAUAUAAAGUUGAAACCAUGGAUGAUUCUUUUCAUAUGAAAUAACUCCGACAGAGCAUGAUUGUAUAAUAAUCUUGAGUUGCUCCAGAACUACAACACAUGUAUACCAAAUCAAAUAGGAAAAAUUGAAGAAGACGAUAAUAUCGCUACAAAUGCAACAAAUCUAAACACUUGAACAAAUAUCCUCCAAAAAUUAACAAAUAUAAAAAUCAUCACAUAUCACCUAUAAGCAAUAAGAGAAUAAAAAACUAAGAAGUAUAUUUCCUACUGAAAUAUGAAGAAUCAAAACUUCCUCAAGGUUUAUUCCAACAGUAAAAUAAAAAUGAAUAACUCACUUCAAAACAAAUCUGAUAAUCUGCUAAUUUGAUAGUGAUUUCAGUGAUUCCCAUUCUUGAAGUGAGUUAAUUCCAAGCACAGUUUUUCACAAAGCGCUAGUUACCCUCAUUUUCUAUGGCACAACGGUGUCCAGAUUGACCUAAAGAAUCUAUGCGAUUACACUAAUUAUCUAUUUGUAAUAUACUAAAUAGCAAUACAAGAACCCCUAGUUAAAUGAACCCUUUUAUUUUAGUAAUGUCUUGAUUGUGUAUAACUUGUACUUAUAGACUUUUGUAUUAUACUUUUUGGAUUUUGUUAGAGCUAUAAUAAAAUGGCGUAUAUUUGGAUGUUAAAAUCAAA